UUUAUUUCAUUAAUUUUAUUUAGUUCUUUUUUGUAUUUUUUGCUGAAAGUCUUGUGUAUGCAAGAUGUCGGACGCAAAGAAGAACCUGUUGUUAUUCUUCGACCGGCCCUCGGAGCCGUGCUUCAUGCAGAAGGGAGAUGACAAGGCUGUCUUCGAGAUACCUGAUCACUACUACCCGGAGAAGUAUAAGACGCUAUCGAGCACCAUCUCCAACCGUUUCGGUGAUGACGCCGGUCGUACUAUCCCCGUGCGUAACAUCGCGCUGCCCAACCUGGCGCAGCCCAUGGAACUGCCCUACAACGACCAGUUCUCUCUGUUCGUGCCCAAACACAGGGCCAUGGCGGGCAAGCUCAUUGACAUCUUCAUGGGUAUGCGUGAUUUGGAGGAUCUGCAGUCCGUGUGCUCGUACUGCCAGCUGCGCAUCAACCCGUACAUGUUCAACUACUGCCUCUCCGUCGCUAUUCUGCACAGGCCCGACACUAAAGGACUCAACAUCCCCACGUUCGCGGAGACCUUCCCCGACAAGUUCAUGGACCCCAAGGUGUUCCGCAAGGCCAGGGAAGUCAGCAACGUCGUCACAUCAGGAGUCAGGAUGCCAGUAACGAUCCCGGUGAACUACACGGCUAACAACUCGGAGCCUGAACAGCGCGUGGCAUACUUCCGCGAGGACAUUGGCAUCAACCUCCACCACUGGCACUGGCACUUGGUGUACCCCUUCGACUCCGCUGACCGUUCCAUCGUCAACAAGGACAGGCGUGGAGAGCUCUUCUAUUAUAUGCACCAGCAGAUCAUUGCUAGGUACAACAUGGAGCGUAUGUGCAAUGGCCUGUCCCGUGUGGCGCGCUACCAGAACUUCCGCGAGCCCAUCGAGGAAGGAUACUUCCCCAAGCUCGACUCACAGGUCGCCAGCAGAGCUUGGCCGCCUAGGUUUGCCGGCACUACCAUCCGUGACCUGGACCGUCCCGUGGACCAGAUCCGUGCCGACGUGUCGCAGCUCGAGACCUGGAGGGAUCGCUUCGUACAAGCUGUUGAAACUCUCUCCGUCACGCUGGCCAACGGACGUCAAAUGCCAUUAGACGAGGAGCGCGGUAUCGACAUCUUGGGUAACAUGAUGGAGUCGUCCAUCAUCAGCCCCAACCGACCAUACUACGGGGACCUCCACAACAUGGGACAUGUCUUCAUCUCAUACUCACACGACCCUGACCAUCGUCACCUGGAGCAAUUCGGCGUGAUGGGUGACUCAGCCACAGCCAUGCGUGACCCAGUGUUCUACCGCUGGCACUCGUACAUCGACGACCUGUUCCAGCUCUACAAGUACAAACUCAACCCGUACGGAGAUGACAAGCUGGACUUCCCCGGCGUCCGCGUGUCGAGCGUGGCCAUCGAGGGCGCGGCCGGCCGCAACACGCUCGGCACGUUCUGGGAGCUCAGCACCGUGGAGCUCGGCCGCGGACUCGACUUCACGCCGCGCGGCUCCGUGCUCGCACGCUUCACGCAUCUACAGCACCAGGACUUCACCUACGUUAUCGAGGUGAACAACACGUCAGGUCAGUCAGUGAUGGGCACGGUGCGUAUAUUCAUGGCGCCCGUACAGGACGAGAAUGGCGCGCUACUGUCGUUCGAUGAGCAGAGACGAGGCAUGAUCGAACUAGACAAGUUCACUGCUGGAUUACGUCCGGGUAACAACACGAUCCGACACCGCAGCGUGGACUCGUCCGUCACCAUCCCAUACGAGAGGACCUUCCGGGACCAGUCGGUCCGCCCGGGCGACCCGGGCGCGGAGGAGUCGGCCGAGUUCGACUUCUGCGGCUGUGGCUGGCCACACCACAUGCUGGUCGCCAAGGGGACCCAGCAGGGGUACCCCGUCGUACUCUUCGCCAUGGUCUCCAACUGGGCCGAGGACAGGAUCGAACAAGACCUAGUAGGCUCUUGCAACGACGCAGCCUCGUACUGCGGUAUCAGGGACCGUAAGUACCCGGACCGUCGGUCUAUGGGCUUCCCCUUCGACCGUCCAUCCGCCGCACAGAGUCUCUCCGACUUCCUGCGUCCCAACAUGGCUGUGCAGAACUGUUCUAUCCGGUUCACCGACACUACCAUCCCAAGGCAGCAAAGACGGUAGGUUCUACGAGUAUAAGGAAAAGGAAUAAGGGGUGAAAGGACAAGUUGAUAGGAGAUGAUUAGUCUCCGUAACAGAAAGAUUUAAAUUGAUUGUGAAUUUUAAACAUCUUUGAGGGUUUAUGCCCCUUCUCCUAUUCAUUUAUAAUUUACAUCCAGUAACAUCAUUACAAUACAUUAUCUUACACACAGGGUGUAGAGAAAGUGUUAGGUACUUAUCUGUAAGGUUCUAGGUUAGCAAUAUAGAUGGCGCUAUUAUACAAAACCGAAUAAAAAAGCUUAUUUUAGAAAAGGAACUAUAAAACCAGGCUAUUCUUAGAAAUAUUGAUAAUUCAGUUCAUAAGAUAAGUCUAGACAAUAAAUAUAAUUAAGCUAUUGUAUUAGUGGUGCCAUCUAUAUGUGGUUAACUGAACUGUUGGGUGUGUAGGUCUGCCUCGGUUUCUUCCGAUUCGUCUGAUACGUCCAACUCAUCCAAAUCGUCGGCUUCGUCUGGUCAAGCCGAUCACCACAAGCCGUGUGGCUGUCCUGACGAAACUAUUACUCCUGCUGAACUAGCAGCUAUCAUAAAGAAGCCAUAUUACGCUGACAAGUGCAAACCUGUUAGACAUUACGAUUAUAUUUUUACACCCAAUCCUAUUGAUAAAAAAAUGAGCACUCCGAAGAAACCGUAAGGACCCAUUCUUCCAAUACAAUUAUUAAUGUCAUCAUUUGUUUUUCGAAAUGCUACAGUUAUAUUCUAAACUAGUUUUGAGGCAGAUUUACAGAUCCAAAGAUAUUUUCUCACUUUUAUAUUAUUCAUCAAUCGUAAUAUUUUUUAAUUUGGAAAUUUUAUCUUUGUAUCAUUUUAGGAGGUCUGUAACCAAUUUCGUUCCUUUCUUAGUAGGAACCUUCUUUGUAUCAUGCAAACACUAUUUAAUACCAACAAAGGGAAAAUCUAUGAUAAUUCAUUUUGUGGAAUUUUAAUACAGAAUUGUAAUAUUGUAUGUAUGUUAACUUAACCGCUUUAUCUUGUUCCUGUAUUGUUGUUACUGGUCGACUUGGCAAUCAUAAAGGAUUCCGAUUCUAGUUUUAAUUAUAUAUUUAAGUGUAGUUAUAAGUAAACGGGUCUGUAAAUAUACUAAGUAGUUGUUAGUUUUAUUGUACAUAUUGUGUAAAUACUUGAAUUCUUAAGACUGAAUAAAUUAGCCUUUU